AUAUUUGAAUACGAACCUCAAUAGUGUAUAAGCGCUUGAACGUAAUGAAGGGUAAAUUACCUAAUGAUUAUGUUAUAAAUAAUUUGCUGUAAUCUCUUUGUAUUUCAUGUUGACUUGUAGCAUAUAGAAUCUACGCUUUGAGAAGUAUUGUAUCCACCAAGGCGUUUACAACAACUGCAAUGAUUUUGUACUGAACACUUCAAGUUCUUUUUGAAAACCGCAGAAAUUUUACAUGGCCACGAAGGUCUACAAAAUAUGCGCAUGUUUAAGUCCUGUGGUUGCAAUGAUUAAUAGCACAUCAGUUAACCGUCGUGGAUUCUUAUGCACAGUAAGAGCAAUAUGUCUGUGUGACAUACAUUUUUUCUCUCACUAAUUUUUAAUUUUCAUCUAUUGCUUUGUUUGUAAAGUAAGAAUCUGUUUGAACAUUGAAUGUAUUGAAUAUCACUGUUUAAAUUGGAUUAAUUAAAGCUGGAUAAUACGUGCGUAAACUUUAAGAUAGACAUUCCUACGUAAAAACUGAUUGAACAUUAUAAUAUGUGACUUGUUAAAAAAAAGACCACAUCGAAACAGAGCUUCCCUCGGAGGUGAUAGGAGGAAUUAACUGCGAUAGUACCAUAAUAUGGAUUAGGGUACUAGAUUAAGUAAAACACGAAUAUUAAGUAUAUUUUUGUUGUUGGACAUUGCCCUGUCGGCGUCGGCAAUGAUGAACGGCGAGUGUUGUCUGGCGACGUCGGGUAUCCAGUAUGACACGAUCAACAACAACAAUCGAACGCUCAAGGGGAGAAGAUUGACUAUGGCCACAGGAGCCCCAAACUACAAGAUAAUACUGUGCGGGGAAUACGGCGUAGGAAAGAGCUCCCUCUUUAGGCGAUUUAUGAACGACACAUUCUCAGAAGAACGUGGAAAAAAAUCCUCAAUUGGACUGGACCAGGCGUCGCAGUGUUUCCAUGUGAACGGAGAGGAUGUGAAGGUUGCAUCAAGUAGAGAAUAG